UCGCCUGCUCCACCACCACCAAUAACAAUAAAAACAAAAUUAAUAACAACUGAAUAAACAUUAACAUUUUUUUUGUUGAUACAGAUCGAUUAUAAGCAUAAAAAUUGAAUAAAAUAUGAAAAAAAAAAAAAAAAAAGAUUUGAAAACGUCUUUAAAUUUUAUUAGACUAAUACAAUAGAUUGUUUUGUCUUUUUUUAAUAUCGGAACUAUAUUUGAGUCCACACCGUACCAAACAGAUAUGGAGAAUAACCAUGUGAACGAAGGAUUAGAACAAAUUGAAGACGAAAUUGUAAAUAUAAACGAAGAAGACAUCGAUCGAGUCAUCGAUGUCGACGAUAAUGAAGAAGACUUCAAUGAUAUCGCAGAAGAUGCAGGGGCUGAGGGUGAAACUGAAGAUGUGGAAAUGUUCGAACCAGUCUCAGACUCAUCAAAACUGACAUUUGAGAAGCACACAGAUGUUGUCUACUGCAUAUCUCUGCAUCCCUCUGGCCUGAAGAUGGCAGUCACCGGGGGACAAGAUGACAAAGCUUAUCUGUGGGACACUGAAACUGGAAACGUGGUUUUGGAAUGUAAUGGACAUAAAGACUCAGUGACAAGCGUUGCCUUUAGCUUUGAUGGUACUUAUGUUGCUACAGCUGACCUGAGUGGUUUUCUCAAAGUCUGGAAAGUCAGCAGCAGAGAAGAAGUGUGGUCUUUUGAAUGUGAUGAUAUUGAGUGGAUCCAAUGGCAUUCCCAUGCUCAUGUGUUGCUCGCUGGAACUGCAACUGGCCAAAUUUGGAUGUGGAAGAUACCAUCUGGAGACUGUAAGACUUUCACUGGCCUCAACAGUACAGUAACAUGUGGAAGAAUAUUACCUGAUGGUAAACGAUUGUGUGCUGGUUUUGAGAAUGGAAUGAUGAAGGUUAUUGAAUUGAAAGACCAGACAAGUUUGCACUCUUUGAAUGUUCAUUCUGAAUGUGUCACCUGUUUAGACUGUUACAGUGACAAUAAUCUGGUCAUCAGUGGUUCUUCUGAUUUAACCUGUCACAUUACAAAUAUCAACAAUGGCAAGGUUGUAUCUUCUGUGAUCUGUGAUAACAAUUCUAACAAUACCAACAUGGAUAACUCGGUAGAAUCAGUGGCUUUCUCCAAAACACAUCCUUGGGCUGCUGUUGGUACACUCGAUGGAACCAUAUACUUGUGGGACGUCCAGGCUGGAAAACUAAGGAAUAAAUGGCAAUUUGAUGGAUCUUUAGUGAAAUUAAAAUGGUUAGAGAACAGCCCACAGUUAUUCACUGCAGGCCUUGAUGGUAUCAUACGACUGUGGGAUACCAGAGACGGUUUACUGAGUAAACAGUGGCAUGGACACAGAGCUGCCAUCAUGGAUUUUGAAAUAUCAAGUGAUGGCUCCCUAAUAGGAAGUGUAUCUCAAGACAAAACAGCCAAGAUUUUCUCUAUGAAUUCUUCCACUUAAAAUUCCAAUGACAUUAUUUGGUUUGAAAUAGACACGAAACAAAAAUAAGAAAAAAAUAAAAUAGGGAACAACCAAACAAUUGCAAAUAAGAUGCAAAGAUUAAUUAAAUGUUUACUAUACAAUCACACAGAUACCAUGUACAAUGUAAAUGUGUGUGUAUAAAGAGAGAGAUGUGCAUGCUGGGCUUUCACACAACUUCCAUCUACCAAAUUCACUCAAGGUAUUUGUUGGCUUGGGGUUAUUAUAGUAGAAGAUGACAUGCCCAAGAUGCUGUGUAGUGUGAUUGAACCCGAAGACUUGUGGUUUGCAAAGUGAACUUCAUAACCACACAGCCAUGCCUCCACACAAAAACCCCAUUUCAAGCCUAGCUCUAAGAUGCCGGUUCAGCAAAACAGCCAUUUAGAUUCAGGUUUGCAAAGUAAAUAACAUCCACAAUGGAAAAGAAACAGUUUGUUUCUAUUAUGUGUUAGCUGUUCUGAACAAUUAAACGAAUAUUAAAGCAUAACCACAUGCUAUCAGCCUUUGUUCAUCAUCAAGCAGUGAGUGGCAUGAGUGGCUUGUUAAAUUUGUAUGCGACACAUUGACUCUUGAAAGAAUGAUUAAAAACACAUGGAAAGUUACAUGAAUAAAUUGUAUCUUUAUUUAAAAACCUUGAAACCUUCAGAUGAAGUCUAUAAAAAGAAACUUUUACAAUGGCUAACAAUAUUUUUUCUUUCUUUUUUUUUCUUUGUUUACUUGGCUAUUACAUGUCUAAAUCUGUAAGUCUAAGAAGAUAGAAUUAUUGCAUAUAAGUGUGUGUCUGUAUGUAUCUAUGUGUGUAUAUGUAAAAUCUAUGCAUAAUGUAAGAUAUCUAUGAAUAAAUUGAAAUAACAAUC